GCCAUCAAUUCAUCCACUCCACCGCACCUCGCUGCAUCCAUUGAAAUCCGCAAGGACCAAGGAGCACAUUGCAACCAAAAGGUUCAUCCAAGUUUCAUCAUUCAAAGGAGUUGCGCACACAUUUUUCACCCUCAAUACCUACCAACUGCCUGCUUCCCCAGUACCUCAACGUCGGCCGAUUUUCCAACAUAAGCCCCUCCAAGGAUCUACGUGUAGCCGCUUCUAUGGAAGACAGAAGCAUCCGUAAGCGCAAGCUUACAGACGAAGCUGCUGCGCUUCCUGUUGAGGGUGUCUCUUCCGUCGCCAUGGACUCCGCCGGUACUGGCCUCGUGGCCGUCAACCCUCUGCAAAAGAAGAACAAGUUUCCAGGAAACGAUAGCAGCAGUAGGAAUUCACUCUACAGUAGCCAUGGCAAGGAUACCUCAACCUCCAUGUCAGCAACUGAGGAAGUAUUACUCAACUUUCAAAAGGACGCGAUAUGGAGGCAGAUGCAGGAAUACAAGCGGGAAUGCUUGAGGACACAAGAGAGGAUCGCACAGCUGAACGACAAGCAAGUCGACUAUGAGUCCCAUCUUAGUACAGUCGACGUCUAUUGGAGCAAGUUAUUGCAAGAUUUGAAACUGAUUUUGACCAGGGUCGAUAUUCGUGUAGACGCAAAGGACCUCGUAUUACAAGAUGGCACCAACUUUGCAUCAUAUCUACUCAAUAGACCUGAAAGGGACAAACAGCGCCGUAAUAUCAACAACUUAACCGCAGCCGCCCUCAAGCCUACAUUAGAGAAGCGCUCACAGUACACCAAGGAGAUUGUCAUAAAAUUACUUCAGAUUAUCGAGGAAUGGAGCGAACAACGCGACUCUUUCUGGAAUUCUCUCCUUAAUACGGACCCGGCAGUAAAAGAAAAUCAAGUGUUGCGCCUGAAGGAUGAGCUCGAGAUGACGAAAACUCGGCUUGAGGAGGCAGCCGAGAACUUGGAGGAUUCAAAGGAGAAGCUGCGCCGAGUGGAAAAGAGCCUUGAUCGCGAGAAGAGUAUCAUUGUUUCUGCGGUGACGUCAGGCGAGAUCUUUGGAGAGAACUAUGGUGGAACGCCGGAUGUGGUCUCGCCAUCUUCAGGACCUAUGAUCUCCAAAAGCGAGGCUCACGAUGCUUCUCACGAUGAGCUGCUGCAGCACCGAGAGCUCGCAAUGGCGCGUUUAAUGGAACUGGAGGAGAUGAAGAUACAAAGGAUUCAAUUCCGGAACGAACUGGAUUCACUUAAGUCACAAUUCAACCAUAUUCCGGACGAAAGAGUUCAGGACUCUCAACUCGUCAAAUCGCUCCUCAGUCAGAUGCAGUAUGCACGGAACGAUGCUGAACACUACCGAAACGAGGCAACCAAGCUGAAGGUGGACCUGGAGGAGCUCUAUCUUUCACGCAGGAAGUUCAUGGAGAACCUCGAAAUGGAAGAGAAAAGUCGAAGGGCGGCACUGGAGGGCGAGCUCAAGAAGUUGGAGAGUGAUAUUUCUCGGCUGCGGGACAGUCGCGAUCGAUUCCAGCAAAUGUAUGAGGCUAGAUGUACAAAGGACGAUUAUGAGAUGCAGCAGAAUCAGGAGAUCCGGAAGAUUGCGAACACGAGAAAGGAUCGCAUUACAACCUUGGCUACGGAUAUCCAACGUCUACAGAUCAUGCUGGCUGCUAACACUGGUGACAAGGAUGCAUUUGCAUUUUAUCUCAAUGGACCGACCGACAAGUCGUUUUUGGAUGAUCUUCGCAACAAGCUGAGGAAUUCCGAGGAGCAGAUCAAGGCACUCAACGUUGAGUUGGAGGCAUCCAAAGAAGCGGCGUCGCAUUUACGCGAACUGGGGAAAGCCACCCUUUCAGAAAAGCAUCUGAAAGUGCAGGUGAAGGAGCUAACGACCAAGCUGACCGAGUUCGAGAAUCUGAUUGGCAACAACACAAAAGAUCCAGUCAAGGCGCUAAUGGCGAAUAUCGAGGCAAAGGAUGAAACCAUUCGGGUGCUGGAACAGAAGGUGCAGGCCCACGAAGCAGUUCAGGCGCCACUGCUGAAUGAACUGCAUACGGUCGCAACGGCUUGGGGUCAACUGGAAGAGGCGACUUCACGCAAGGUGAUUGAUUUGGCGCAAAAGGAAGACCUGAUUUACAAAUUGCUUUCGGACAAGACACGACAGGAGUCCAAGUGUAACCUUUUGAUCCGCGCCAAGGAUGCAAGUGCGAACAUGACAGCGGUGAUGAAGCGACAGUCAGAUAUGCAGCUGGAUCAGAUUCGAAAGCUGGAGGAGCGUGAAAAGAACCUCAAUAUGCAAAUGGUAGGCAGAGUAACGGCAUGGAUUUCAAAAGGAGCAUAUUACGAAUUCACGGUGUUUUCGUUUUGACAAACGGUGCCAAUUUCUUCGUUUUCUCACUAGGCUACGCUGGAGAGGGAGCAGACACUGUUGAAUAGCAGCGUAGCGUUGCAUAAA